GGGGACACCCACGAGUGCUUCUCGGCCAACAUCCACGCACGGCACCGCAAGGUAGAACAGCUAAUUGCAGUUGUACCUGCGUCACCUGUGCGCCGCCGCGCUCGCGAUUUCGUUUCCGCAUUGGAUGCGUAUUCGUUCUUCAAAGCCGCCUUUUCGCAUCUUCGCGCACUUUUGUUCUCGUUCUUCUUAAGAACAAUACCUUUGAAUUAUUUCUUCAAAUUGGCACAAUGAGACGAGGAUCUGUGAGCAGUUGGCAGUCUUAUGGACAGCGAAAUUCUGACUGCAUGAUGCAGACGUACGAGGGUAACACCGCGUUGCCUCCGCCUUGCGAGGGAAUCAUCCAUCAGCGAAAGGGCGGCUGGUUUUUAACGUACAAAAAGAUUCUCUCCUUCAUUGUCCUAUUCGUGAUCGUUGUGGUUGUUGCCGGGCUGAUCGGAUGGAAUCUCGGCACGAUGCCCAAAACGAGAAUAUACGAUCCAUUAGCUCUUAUUGAAGACGAGGUGGAGGAAGGGACUGAUGUCACUGUUGAGACGAUAUCGCCUUUCGUUCAUCCUUUGAGAUAUAAUCUCGAGUUGACGUUGUCGAACGACGUCAACGCGACAUCGAAACUUAAGGGGCGAGUCCUCAUCGAAUUUCGUGUGGACGACACAACGCCAUUAGACAAAUUAUCUCUAAAUGCGAGAAACAUCACGGCGACGCGUUACAAGCUGUCGCUCAUAGAAGAGAAUGGUGCGCGAGCAAAAAGGAGGCGUAGAAGACGCGCCGAGGACGAUACAGGUGGCCAAGAGAACGCUGACAAUGCUACCGCUUUGGCUUCCACCGUCGCGUCAUCCCCGCAAUUGGAAAAUCCGGAGACACUCGCUACGGACAAAGUUAUGGAUUAUCCUCAAGGAAACGCGACCGUUUCGAUCAGCGAAACUGCUCCUCCGACAAACGAAAGUUCGUCCGUGACCGAUGAGAGAAUCGCGGAAUCCGCGAAUGCGACGUCUGGACCGGCGAUAACUUCCGGCAAUAGAAGCGUAACCGACGUAGAGAUCCAACGAUACGAGGUGGAUGCUAAUAACGGAUUACAUGCGAUAUAUCCGGCCGUAGCCAUCAGCCCGGGGACGUACAGCUUGGAGAUCGAUUACGAGAUUCUACUUGACGGCAAAACGAUUUAUUCGACGAGCUUCAACGAGUCCCGCGAAGGAAGAUCGCUAAUCGGAACGCGGUUAAAACCUGUAGGAACUUCGCGUCUUUUGCCUGUUUUCGACGACGUAAAUCUCAAAGCUGUCUUCUCGGUGUCCACCGUACGUCCGCGCGAAAUAAGAGUUCUGUCGAACAUGCCUCUUAAUGUCUCCAAAGACACAUCCGAUGAUCGGGUGAUCGACACCUUCAGCGAUACUCCGUUGUUGUCACCUUACAAUCUAGCUCUCAUAAUGGGCGAGGUCGAGUCAGUGGGCGACACGAAAACGGGCCUUGAUAACGCGACAAGGGUGGUCUUCUGGGGUGACCCGAAGAGACGAUCGCGGGGAAUUUACCUUCUCGACAAACUCGACCCAAUUGUUGUGCGUUUCAGCGACAUAUUUUCGAUGCCUUAUCCGCUACCAAAAUUGGAUGUCGUCGCGUUACCGUCACGAAUCGUUAAUAACGUUGGAAGCUUAGGAUUGAUAUCACUGAAGCAAUCGCUCUUCUACGUCGCGGAUCGAUCUCCCAUGGUCACGAAGACGGACGCGUUAAGCGCUCUGAUAAGCCUGAUAGGAGAACAAUGGCUGGGCGGCGUUGUGAACAUGAAGAACUGGACGGACGUUUGGCUACUUGAAGGCUCCACUCUCCACUUGCGACACGCGAUGAUCGAGGAGAUAGAUUCAUCAUUAAGUUCCAAUAUUGCCUUUCUCGCAAAUGUGCAAUGGGAUGCCAUGGAAGAAGAUAGUUACAGCGUUUCAAAGCCGCUGCAAUCGAACAUCAAUCCUGCCUAUAUCGAUUUUUCGGAUGACAAUGCUCGACACAAGAAAGGUGCAUGCUUGAUUCGCAUGUUGCAUGGCGUGAUAAACGAUACCGCCUUUAGGAACGGCUACCGGAAAUUCAUAGCGAGGUGGAACUAUUCGACAGCGAACGUCGACGAUUUUUGGGAAGCGAUGGCGGAAGAACCCGUAGGUUUACCCAUAGAAAUUACAUUGUCCGAGGCAAUGAAUUCUUGGAUCACGCAUCGCGGAUAUCCGAUCAUCAGCGUCACGAGGAAAUACAAGGAAGGCACUGCCGUAAUUCGACAGCAAAGAUUUACGUAUGACCAAUCAUCUGACAUUCAACCGAUAUGGUACGUACCGCUUGAUUAUAUUAACAAAACAAGCAAUGAUUGGUCAUCUCCGACAAAGACAUGGUUAAAUUCCGAAGAGGAGAUGGAGGUGCAUAACGUCGGUGCUCAAGAUUCCUGGGUUGUGUUCAAUGUGAAUAAAACAGGUUAUUACCGUGUGCAUUAUGACGAGGAAAAUUGGAGGCUCCUGUCGAAGGCCCUCGAGGAAAAUCACGAGGCCUUUCCGGUGGAAACCAGGGCGUCGCUUGUCGACGAUGCACUCGGACUCGCCGCGGUCGGCCUGACGAAAUACGCGACCGCUUUCGACUUUAUUAAAUAUAUGCAAAUGAAGGAACGGCAUUACGCUCCCUGGGGUGCUCUGAUGCGUCAUCUGUUGAAGUUGAACGGUCUUCUCUACGAGACGUCUGGUUUCAGUGCUUUUCAGGAAUUUAUAUUAAAGUUUACUUCACAAUUGUACUCUGACGUGGGGUGGAAAAUUGAUGAGGGAUCACAACUAACUUUGACCGCUCUUACGAUAGCGUGUGUGUUCGAGAAUUCGGAAUGCCUCGAAUGGGCCUGGAUUCAUUAUGAGAAACUGAAAGACCAUUCAUUGUCAGAUGCGGACGAAAUUGUACCGGCGUACGCACGAGAACUGUUGUACUGCAUGGUGGCACGAUACGGUACGCGAAACGAGUGGAAUUAUCUCGUCGAGAAGGCAAACUCCACUGCGGAUCGAGAUGAAAAGAAUCGCAUUCUAUCGGCGUUUGGAUGUUUCCAGACACCAUGGAUCCUGCAAUCAAUACUUAGCGAGCUUCUCGAAGGGAAGAUAUACAACGAGGACGAGACGCAAAGGAUCUUAAGAAGUUUUCCGCAAAAUCCGGUCGCUGGGCAAAUCGCCUACAAGUUCUUACAAAAUAAUUGGCAGGUUAUCGUCACAAGAUUCUCCAAAUCUCGACCGAUCUUAAAAGCUUUUGCACUAGCGAUGACGAACGGCUUGAUCAGCGAAGAAGACUUUGAAGACUUUCAGACGUUCAGUGAGAAUAAUCUCGAAAGCAUAAAGGUUGUGGGGUAUACCAUGGCGAUGGUCGAGGCGCAUGCUAAAUUCGCGAUCAGGUGGUUAAAGGAAUCAUUGCCGGAAGUGCAGGAGUGGCUAACCCCGAACAAUUCCACGGAGGCAUCGAUAUGAAUAAUUGUGUGAUCUAUCAAGUGCAGAGCAGAAUGAGGAAAUUGCGUCCCGCGCGGCCCCGUAAUUAUCGAUUCGCCUUCGUCAUGCGGCAAUCGGCACUCGCACGCGAAAAGAACUGCGAGAAUUUUUCUACGACAACAAGUUUUAUUUCUCCGUAUGCUUUUGUCAAGCAUGAUUACAAAACCAAGCAACAAGAAUCUCGUCCUUAUAUCGUGUAGCCUUAGAACGACGGUCGUUAGUAUAAUCAGUUAGUAGGUACAUAUUUAACAAACGAUAUACAUAAUAAUCGUAUCUAAUGGUAAUUAUUCCAUUGUUAUUCCAAUGUUUACCGUAAACUCUCCCAUUCUCGCUUACGUUAAUGGCGCUCUAUUACUAUACGGUACGCUCGUUUUAUAACACACUAUAUUAUCUCGUUACAAUAAUCUAUCCGUACCAACCUUACUCUUCUCUCGUCUUUAGUCCUAGCUCGUUUAAAUGCGUUUAGUAUGGUAUUCGCAAGCUAUCAGAUACGCAGUUCAAGGGUUGGAGGCGAUGAUUUAUCGUCGGCUGGAACACUCCGGCCAUUAGAAAUUAAAUUGCCCGAUGUUAAAAUCGAGGUCUCAAACACACCGCGAAGUUUCACCACUCGCUUUUCGUGUACGCCAAGACUCUUCGAGACGAGUUAAAAUCGUGAAACUGCAUCACAGUACCGAUUUCAUAUACUUCGGCGAAGCGGCGACGUCCAACCCACUUUAUGCAAUGCAUUUAGCGCUAAAUGCGACUUUUCCUACGUCGUAUCUGCAUCGAUACUCAGCCAACGGUUUACAAAACACGUACGUUUAACGCUAAAUGUAGCCGCCUGUUUCUUCCACUUUAUAUCGAGUAACAUAUUCUCACACUUGGAUAAGCUGCAGAAAUGACAUUAAAAAUUCAACAGUCGCGUCUAACGUUAACUGUGGAAUAUACAUACCACGGCGAUGAUCGAGGCGUGCAGUUUUCACCUUACGUCUGUAUUAUACGAGAAUCUUGUUUUGAAUCCAGCGCAUUUGGCGCUAAAUGCGCGUUCAUCUGUUUGGAAAUAAAAAUUUCUCGAUACACGAGAAUUCAAAAAA